CCAUGUAGAAAUUUUCAACUAUUCUCACGUUUGAGCUCGUUCUCUCUUGCAGCAGACUUCUUCUUGGUUCCACGUCAGGUUCUCGUCCCUGCAUUUGAUCAUCAUGGCUUCUGGAACUUUGUACACUUACCCAAGCAACUUCAGGGCCAAUAAGGCUUUGAUUGCUGCUCAAUACUCUGGUUUCAAAAUAAAUGUCGCUUCCAACUUCGUCUUCGGCGAGACCAACAAGAGUGAAACUUUUUUGAAGAAAUUUCCGUUGGGAAAGGUUCCAGCUUUUGAAUCCCAAGAUGGGCAGUGCAUUGCUGAGAGCAAUGCAAUUGCAUAUUUCGUUGCCAACCAGCAGCUUCGAGGAAACAGUGACGUGGAAAAGGCCCAAGUCCUUCAGUGGAUGUCAUUUGCCGACAGUGAAAUUCUUCCACUGUCCUGUACUAUUGUUUUCCCUGUCCUUGGAAUCAUUCAGUACAACAAACAAGCUGUUGAACAUGCUAAAGAAGAAUUGAAGGCUAUUUUGUCUGUCGUCAACAACCACCUUCUUACACGCACCUUUUUGGUUGGAGAGAAAAUAACUCUUGCAGAUAUUGUUCUUUCUAGCAAUCUUCUCCACCUUUAUGAGAGCAUUUGUGAUGAAACUAACAGGAAGCCUUAUCAAAAUUUGAAUAGAUGGUUUAUUACUUGUGUUAACCAACCACAAUUCAAAGCCAUCAUUGGAGACUUUAAGAUAUGCCAGAAAGAGUGUCCAGUUGAUCCCAAGAAGUUUGCUGAAUUUCAGAGUAAAAUAACUGGAUCUCUGAAAAAGGAAGAAAAGAAAUCUGUCAAGGAUGAAAAGAAGAAAGAGAAAAAAGAAGAGAAACCAAAGCCAAAGAAGGAAGAGCCAGAAGAGGCUGAGGAAAUGGAUGCAGCUGAUGCAGCCCUAUUAGAGGAACCCAAGUCCAAGGAUCCAUUUGAUGAAAUGCCCAAAGGAACAUUCAACAUGGAUGAUUUCAAAAGAUUUUAUUCUAACAAUGAAGAGUCAAAAUCCAUCCCUUAUUUCUGGGACAAAUUCGACAAGGAAAAUUAUUCUAUCUGGUUUGGAGAGUACAAAUACUCUGAUGAACUUACCAAAGUCUUCAUGUCUUGCAAUUUAAUCUCUGGCAUGUAUCAACGUUUGGAUAAAAUGAGGAAACAAUGCUUUGCAUCCAUGUGCUUAUUUGGAACAGACAAUGAUUGUACCAUUUCAGGAAUUUGGGUGUGGCGUGGGCAAGAUUUAGCUUUCCAGUUGUGUCCUGAUUGGCAGAUUGACUACGAGACAUACGACUGGAAGAAAUUGAACCCUGAUUCAGAUGAAACCAAGAAGAUGGUGGCGGAGUAUUUUGCCUGGUCCGGCACUGAUAAAAAUGGUCGUCCUUUCAACCAGGGAAAGAUUUUCAAGUAGUUUGGUAUCUAUACUCGUGGAGUGUUGUAUCACAACCAUUAUCAAUACAACUGAUGAGCUACUUGA